GUGAGGAACUCAGCUGGAAAAAUACACCGACAGGGAUGACAUCAAGCCUAGGAUGGUACAUUUCACUUUAUUUUGCUUCUCUUUCUAUGAGAACGGCCUCUGUCACGAUAACCUGCACAGAAAAACAAUUUAAUGAACCUCCACCAGAGUGGAAAAUGCCAAAUGAGAAAACUCCUUCAGAUAUAUUGGAUCUUCAAGUUCGGUUACAACAAUCGGAAGAAAGUCAGCGUUCAGUGCUUAAUAUCAGCUGGACCAUCAGCCCAGAUGGAAGUAUUCAAGAACUUAGAGCCACUAUGAUAUGCAUUCAAAGUCCUCAAACAACCUGUUUUCGAUGUGAUUACAAUGCAUUGUUUGAAUCAGCACAAAAUCCUCAAGGUCAACCAUGGCAAUUUUAUUACGCUGAAUAUCCUGUUAAGCCAGCAACCAGUUACUUUGUGACAGCAUUCAACAUCCCAACAGCAAAUAUUGGUGAAUAUCCACCAGAGAAAUCCACUAGUCUUUUCACACCAUCUUGUUCCAAUGUGAUAAUGAAAAAUCAUGAAAGCUGUGAAGAUGCCCAAUGGAAUCCAAACAUAUCUUUGUGUAUAGUUAAUAACGACGUGGUUAUCAGUUUUACUGCCAGUCCAAAUUCAUUACGUUAUGAUGUUGAGCUGGUCAUGUGCGAUCUCAUUAUGACACCAAAAUUAAAUGGAACAACAAUUUCUAAGUCAAACAGAUCAAGAAUAUCUAUCACAUUUGUGAGGAAUGAUAUACUGGAUCUUUCUGAAGGAUAUUGUGCAACAAUAAGACCAUAUUUCCCUCUGUGUCAAAAUAACUGCUAUAUCCAUGAAAAAGUACUCAACUGCUCCAAGAAAGAUGACUACAAGUUACCAAACACUGGAGACAGUCUGUUCUUAUUUACAGGACGCCCAUAUUUGAUCCAUAUUUUCAUUGUACUCAGUGUGACCUUACUUGCUUUGGGAGUUGGGCUGUAUCUAAUUUGUAAAUUAGGCAAAGUCAAUGAAAGAAUUGUAUUCACCAAUGAAAUACGUCUGCAAUCAGUUAAAGUUUUGAUCAUUUACUCAACGGAGAAUACACUCUUCCAAAAUGUUGUCCUGACAUUUGCUGAAUUUCUGCAAAGUUCCACUGGAAUCCAAGUAAUCAUUGAUAUGUGGCAAAAGAUCAACAUUGCUGAAGUAGGCACUGUUCAAUGGCUUGCCACCCAGAAGGAGAAUGCGGAUAAGAUCAUUAUUGUAUGUUCAAAAAGUGUCAAAAUGAACUGGGAUGCCAUUUGUUACAAAACAAAUAUGAAUCCAAAUUUGAAUAAUUCAGAGGACAUAUUUUCUACUGCCUUAAAUAUAUUUUGUAGUGAUUUACAAAAUGGUUCAUAUCGGCAUAAGUACAUUAUUGUGUAUUUUGAUCAAAUAAGUUCAGUUAAAGAUAUUCCUAGUAUUUUUAGACCAUGUGUGAAGUACUGUCUUGGGAAAGAUAUCAAUAAGUUUUACAGAAAUCUAUAUGAUGCUUCACAGAAACCAUGUGGUAAAUGUGCUAUUCUGAUGCCAUACCACAAUUACAAGAUUGAAUAUAAUCAGAAGAUGAGAAAAGCAAUUUUGGAAUUUAAGAAUUCACAGAAUUCAAAUGCACUUGAGAUUACACUGGAGAAUUUAGAGUUGCUACAUGAAAAAAAUUUCAAACAAGUUGAUACAGGAUACCCUCCUCCCUCAUACUAA